CUGCUAUUGAACUAAGGUUUUCAUACUAGUAUUUUCAUCUUUUACUUGAAAUUUUAUCUCCUAAUUUUCAAGUACUCUGGCAUUAUUGUUCAUUCUUUCUUUUUGAAGCUUUAAAUGUCCAAAAAUACGGAAGAAGAAAAUACAAUUAAACAGGGCAAAACAGUAUGGAUUUCACACUUAAUAGUUGUAUUGAUUUAUUAUUAGAUAACAGAUAAUAACGAAAAUUAAUAAUUGGAAUAUGAUCAUGUUCUGUUAGCAUGUUGAAGUGUGAACACUACGACUUCAAUUCAUUUGGAUUGUAGCAUAAAAACGUACUUAAACAUGUUUCCAGCAGGUAGAGUGAUAAUCAUCUUUCUAAACUUACAAAACAUUAAUAUUUGUUCUGAUUGAUUUCUCUGUUCUGGACGUGACAGUAAUUCAUGCCCCCGCAUGCUACGCUUGGCACGUAAGAACAAGAGCUUUACAUCAAGUCAUAAAGACUUUGGUGUCAUCCGAUAUUAAUGGAGAUGAUCAAGUAUCUAAUAUCAGCCAACAAAGCCAAGGUUGCGGUGACAAAAUUGUUAUAUGUUGACUUCAUAAAUCAAGGUUAAAGCCCUAUGCAACUCUUCUCUUCAAAAUUUUCCAAAAAAACAUUCAUAUAUAUAAUACUGAUCGGCACUCAAGUUUAAAUCCUGUGAGUUAAACUGUGAAGACUUCAAAGACAAGACAGGGAGUUAAGGCAAAUGUUUCUUUACAUGUUUCACGGAAAUAAGUACUAUAAAAUCUCUGAAAUGUCUGAUACUCCUAAUAAUGGAUUCGGAUCUCUAAUAAUUAGUGAUUCAUUAAUUGGGAAAUUUUAUUUUUAAAAAAAGAAAAUCAGAGGAGAAGAAAAAGAAACGGCCAGGCAACUUAUUGAUUGAAUAUAUUUGGCAAGUACCUUCUUAGGAAUCUUCUUAACUUAUUGCCUAAGAUUAGCUUUGUUUCCCAUUUUUCUCUGUCUGAAACCUUGCCUAGAUUUUGUAAUGUGUAUGGCUGGUCCAAGCAAGGAAAUAAUUGCCAAACACAGAGAAUAGUGCACAAAAACAGAAACAAUAUGCGCGAACUAAAUAUAGCAUUUCCGUGAUGGUAUGUAUGCUUGUCUUGUUUAAUUCUAAUGGCGCAAUCAUAGGGUGUGAAAGGUGAGACUUUUAAGAGUUAUGGAGAUUGGAGACAUAGAAAAAACAUACUGGUAGAGAAGAGAAAAAGGGGUUCAAAGCAAGGGAGAAUAAGAUGUCUUCAGCUUGGUUAACUAGUCUCAAGAGAUCAGUCAACUGUAAACCAAAGUUGCCUGAUGUGAAGGAACCAGCAGCCGACGACAGCACUGAGAAAAACAGCCCAUGUUUAUGUAGUUCAGGGUGUUCAAGAUCCUUAUCUAACUUGAGAGAUGUCAUUCAUGGAAGCAAGAGACAGGCUGACAAGGCACCACGAAUUGGCAGCCCGACAUCUAUAGCGAGCAGUGAGAUUAUCAAUCAGAUAACCCAUCAAGACGUUUUCACCGACUCCAAAUGUGUUCUCGAGAUCAAGACUCAGUGCUCAGGUAAUGAUGAUGGCAAGGGGGGUUCAACUUUUGUGGGAACCCUUAGGCCUGGCACACCUGGUCCUGGAGAACGUUUUAUGGAACCGGCCUACAAUAGCAGAAGGUCGAGGAAGAUCAUUGCGGGUCCUUCACUCAUGAGAAGUAGCUGUGGCAUCUCUUCUUCCAAGCCUAGAAGAUCCCUUGAUUUUGAGUCCCAACGUUAUGUUUGCCAGAAAUGUGGUGAAAUUUUUAAAAAGUUGGAAGCCAUAGAAUCACAUCAUCUCUCCACGCAUGCUGUCACGGCACUUUCUGAAGGAGACUCCUCCAAGAAAAUAGUGGAAUUAAUUUGCCAAACAAGUUUUUUGGAGCCUGAAAAUAAAUUUGGUGAAAUUGAAAGGAUACUGAAGAUUCACAACAUGCAAAGAACUCUUGUGCAAUUUGAAGAUUACAGAGAAAUGGUAAAGCUCAAGGCAAAUAAACUAUCGAAGAAACAUCCACGUUGCCUAGCUGAUGGGAAUGAGCUUUUGAGGUUCUAUGGCUCAACCGUUGCAUGCUCUCUUGGCAUGGAAAACACUUCAAGCCUCUGCACAUUGGAUCAAUGCGAAGUGUGUCAAAUUCUAAGACAAGGGUUUUUCAGCAAGAAGGAAGCCAACGGAUGCUGGGGUGUUUUAACUUCUUCCACAAGUAAAAGGGCUAUGGAGAGUGUUGAACUUGAUAAAGAACAGCAUUCCCAAAGAAAAGCUCUGGUAGUGUGCAGGGUAAUUGCAGGGAGGGUUGUUAAAGGUUUAGAGAAAAUGCGGGAAAUGGAAGGUCAAUCAAGCUUCGAUUCAGUGGCUGGAAAAGCUGAUUGCCAUUCAAAUAUUGAGGAACUCUAUUCACUAAGCCCUAGAGCUCUCCUCCCUUGUUUUAUAUUAAUCAUCUGCAAAAAUUGAUUGACCACUCAAAUUUUGACUUUGAGAGGAAUAUGUUGUACUCAUCAAACAUGUUGUCUAUUUUCACUGGAUCCUAUUUCCUUUCUCAA